AUGAAUAUAACACUGGAGAGCCUCGCCCAGGCCCUCACUGUCCUGCAACAGGCGACUGCAGCGGACUUGUCAGGGGAGACUGAGACAGCUGUUGAGAUGUACGUCGCAGCAAAGAACGAAUUGGACGCUGUGGCUCCGUACCUCCCCCGCGGACACGCCGAUGUGGUUCGAGGCCAUGCGGAGGAGGUUAAGCGCAGAAUAGACGGGAUCAACUGCAAUCGAUGGGCGAAAGAGGGCAAAAGUGAGUUUCCCACAUUCCCUCUGGAGUAUGUGCCAAAGCCUGUACCUGUCGAGGAGUUUAGGGUGCCUCUCAAUCCCACCUUUCGGGUAUUGUGGCUGAUGCGUCUUUUGGAACGCUCAAUAAGGCAAGGUGCCUUCGUGGCACCUGAUCUGUAUGUAGGGAAGGAGGUGUGGUACCAGAACGGGGGAGGCGCCGCCCUCACACACACGGGCCCGAAGAUACGUUACCUGACCGCCCUCUGCGGGGCGAUGGAGAAGUUGCGGGCGGUGGCGAACCUGAACAAUACCGAAACCGUCACAAAAAGCCUUCGAAAAUAUUUAAGGACAGCGGAAGAGCUUACAACGGCGUUAGAGAUGGAGAUUGGAAUUCGCACAGACGGAGGGGCGUCGCCACGUUCAAGGAUUGAACGGGGUAUGCGAGGUUUAUUCCACAAGGGACAGCAAGUGCUUCGAACAUGGAUGAAUCAGGAACCAAAUAUGGAGUUGUGUCUCAUUUGGGCCGUCAACACACUCGGGCAGGCACAGCUGUUCGAAAGGUGGAUUAUAUACUACUCUCAAGUGCAUAUGUCACCGGCCGUGACAGAAAUUAUGGGUUUCUUGCACCGUGCGGUGGGGCUUCUGUACAGUGGUCCCUGUAGUUUUUUGCUGCGGGAUAUGGCGAUUCUGAUAGAGCGGCACCAAGAGAAGUGCCGUAAAAGCAUUACUCGUCUUCUUCCAGUAGAUGUCAAGUUGGAGGGCGGCACGUUCAGUUAA